AUGGCAUCAAUAUCCUACAACAACGUCCCAGGCGAACAGGGCGGCAACAUCUUCAGUAACAUCAAGUUCUGGAUCCACAGAGGGGUACCCCUUCGCUCAGACUGGGUCAAACAUGUCGAGGAGAACGGUGGACAAGUCGUAAACUUGGAGAAGAAUGCUGACUAUCUCAUCGCGGAUCAUUUGAAAGCCAGGAAUGCACCGGAUGGUGCUUACAGCUGGAAAUUUAUACAAGAAUCAGUCAAGAAUGGCGCGUUGCAGAUCCCGGAUCGUUAUCUGAUCGGACCCCAUCCGGACGAUGUUCGAAGAAUAGCGGCGUCAAAGGCACCGAAAAGCACACGCACAGCAUAUACCAAGGAAGACGAUGGUCUUCUAGCCCGCCGCGUCUUGAAUAAUUGGGACGGCAGGAAUGGGAAUCUCAUUUACAAAGAGCUCUAUACCGAGUGCCCUCGGCAUCCCUGGCAAUCAUGGCGGGACAGAUACGUCAAAAGAUUCAGUCAUCUUUCGAUGAAAGAGCUCGAAAAGAUGGCCCAACAUGCUCCUGCACAGGGCACAGCGGGAUCCUCCGCCAACCACCCCGCUGAGGCCAGUGUGUUAGCAGCGUCAGUUGCCUCCAAGCAAAAAACCCCGGGCUCAUCAGAACGGCAAGCUAAAAGUCAUGCUGGUUCCUCCAAGCAGGACACAGCUCAAACGACGAACCCGCCGCAGAUUCAGAGCCCCGAGGCCACACGACAGGCGAACCUGGAUCACUCGCCCAGGGUUACCCGCAAUGUGAAACGGGUUCGAGGGACCAACUCUGAGGCCAACUCUGAGAACAGCGCUGAGAACAACGCGGAGACCAACGUGGAGACCAGCGCCGAACCUCAACCGAAGGUCGAUAUCGCAGCUGGAGCCGUUGACAACGAGGAAGAGGACGACCAGGAUAACGAGGAAGAGGAUGCAAAGAAUCAAUUCUACGGCGAUUUGGAGAACUUUGCUCUUCAGAGUGGAAAGUCGGUUCAAUUUGAGCUUCGCAUCCAGGGCCAUGGCCGUAUUGAGCUUUGGGAACUGAUGCCACCUGUCUUCGCACAAGAUGCCCAGCCGAAUGACAUUGACUGGUCCCAAAUUGCAGCCGAUCUGGAUAUCGAACCAAAUGGGAAGAACAUAAACAAGCUCCGCGCUUACUUUGAAAAAAAUGUAGCGGAAUUCGUGGCACACUUGUACACUCUGGAGCAGAGCCGCGACGACUCGGCGGACGAAGGCGCAGCGCAUGAGGUAUCCCAGGACGCUGGCCCCGCGAUUGAGGCUUCAGUCGAGUUACCUAGGCGCAGCCGAGAACAUGCGGUCGACUCUGGGUCUAUGGAGAACCGACCUGAUAAGCGCCAAAAGGUUGACCACGUCCCCAGCACACCUGGCGCAAGACUUCAGCCUACGACUAGCCAGGCCCCAGAGGAACAGCAGUUCACAGGCACUGCGCGGCGUCUCUUUGUAUCGAAAGACCUGCCCGAAAUCAAGGACAGCCAGGAUGAUACACAGGCCAUUCUGCAGAGCCCGGCUGUCCACCCAAGAAACGUGGAAGCUACCCAAUCUGCCGAUCAGAGCAGAACACCGAGAACUCAUGCUAUCCAACGUGAGGACACAAUUGUCGACACUUCGCCCUCCCAACAGCUGCAAGAGGAGCUGAAUAGCUCCCCCAGAGUGCAUCGACCGUCAAAUGACGCCGACAUUGGGAGGCGUGACCGAUCAAUCUCAGUAGAUGAGCUAGAGCCAGUGGCACAUGCUCACCCAUCCGCCAAAACAACCCCCCCUCCUGGUUCUUCUCAUCAUCCACCGGCUCCGAGUAAGCGGAAAUUGCCCUCCUCCUUCAACACCAACGCGCGACCUCCACCCUCGAACUCCAGGCCGGAUACGAAUGGCCAUAGCCACGUUACCCCAGCUCUGUCUUCCAUUGAAGAAUACAUCAUGUACUACGAAUCGCUUGGGUACCCUCGCUCCAUCAUCAAGCGGGCUCUUCAAGCAACGACCAUGACACCCGGUGGUCCCGCCGCAUUCGCCAUGGAGCAUCUGAAUCAGCGGCAUAAUGACCUCCCUUCUGAUAUCGCAGGUGUGUGGACGGACCGGGACGACCGAGCCCUCCGCUUCGUGAUGCUUCUGUCCCACGACGGGCAGAGCCUUGAUCGAGAAGGCAAAGACCGCCGUGAGAGGUUGUUAUUGGAAAGGGCGAGGUUGAAGCGAGCCCGGCUGCUGGAGAAACACGGGAGGCAGCGGAUGAAGCUGAGAGAAAAGUGGCUGAAGGUGAAAGGGCUCAGCUAGGAAGCAGGUCUCUAUUGGAACUCCGCUACGAAUUCAUAGCUGUGGCGUAGUUGCGCUUCCAAGCUGCUUUCUGCUUCUUAUCUUGGGCAUAUUCUAAGCGAAUGAUACUCGGCGCUUCCUUGAUGAAAUGCCCACCCGGAUUUGAACUUUCACAUUGCCCCGGUCACGUUGAUGCUAUGCAUUGGCGUGGCGAUUUGAAGAAAAGAAGGUGUGUGCUGAAGA